AUGGGCAGUUGUUAAAGUGCUCCAAGUAUUAUAGAUGACUUACCAACCAUGGACUCAAGUGCCUGCAAAUAAACAGAUAAUCCUAUCAAGGAAGAAAUCCCUCCUUAAUAUAAUGAGAACAAAAUCAUCACUAUAUAGGCCUAUUAUAGGGGACACAAAGUCCGCAAAUCUCUUGUGCCUACUCUCUAAUCUCCAGUACCCUCUGCUCCUACUCAACCUGAUAAUCCAAAAUUCUGUUUCGAUCCUACUUUCGUAUAAGAGAAUGAUUAGCCUAUAAUUAUGAAAAAUGGAGCUAUCUAUACAGGGAUAUGGAAAGAAGGGAAAGCUAAUGGAAAAGGAAAAUAUUAAUUCCAUGAUAGUUACAUUGAAGGAACUUGGACUGCCAAUGAACUUCAAGGUUAAGGAGUCUACAUGAAUCCCAAUGAAUCAUAUCGAGGAGAAUGGCUAAAUAAUAUGUUCCAUGGUCAAGGGGAAUUUAGGUAUUAAGAUGGUCGCAUCUAUACAGGUUAAUGGAAGAAAGGACUCUAGCAUGGGAUGGGCAAAGAGAUAUAUAAGGAUAAAUCCAUUUAUGAAGGCAAAUUUAAAAAUGGAAUGAAGUGUGGUUUAGGCAUUUUUCAGUUGGCUGAUGGGUCAGUUUAUUAAGGCGAAUUUCAAAAUGAUUUAUUUCAUGGAUAUGGUUCAUUUACUUGGCCUGAUAAAGCUAGAAUUUUUGAAGGCUACUGGGGGAAUGGAUUAAAGAAUGGCGAUGGCACGAUGAAAUGGGGGGACGGUCGUGUGUAUAUUGGCCAAUAUUUGGAUGAUAUCAAACAUGGUUAUGGAGAAAUGUAGUACAUAGAUGGCCGAAUUUAUAAAGGAUAAUGGAAACAUGGUCUAUAAGAUGGUAUAGGCUUAUUUGUAGACAAAGAAGGGAUUGCCAGAAAAGGCUUCUGGUCUAAAGGUAAAUUAAAAAAGUGGCUCUGAUUUAAAAAUGAGUUUUGAUUUUCUAUCUCUUCUA